UUUUCCACUUUCCGAAUCCGUAAAGCCAUCCUCGAUUUCGUUUUGCUGCCGCCAAUUUUGAAAACGAUUCUUCUGUCCCCUGCAGAGUCAAUGGCGGAUACGCCUUCGAGCCCGGCCGGAGAUGGCGGAGAAAGCGGCGGCUCGGUUAGGGAGCAGGACCGGUACCUUCCUAUAGCGAACAUCAGCAGGAUCAUGAAGAAGGCGUUGCCUCCCAACGGGAAGAUCGGCAAAGACGCUAAGGACACUGUCCAGGAAUGCGUCUCUGAGUUCAUCAGCUUCAUCACCAGCGAGGCCAGUGAUAAGUGCCAGAAAGAGAAACGGAAAACUGUGAAUGGUGAGGAUUUGUUGUGGGCAAUGGCAACGUUAGGGUUUGAGGAUUAUCUGGAACCCUUAAAGAUAUACCUAGCGAGGUACAGAGAGGGUGAUAAUAAGGGCUCAGGGAAGAGCGGAGAUGGGUCUAAUAGAGAUGCUGGUGGGGGUGUUUCCGGUGAAGACAUGCCGAGCUGGUGA